UCCACUCUCACACACCCCUUCUCUCUCUCUCUCUCUCUCUCUCUUUUCGCCUUACAAAGUGCCGCAAAAUUUUCCGAUCCAGGCGGCCGGAUUCAGCGCCGAGGAAGAAGAGGAGAAGGAGAAGAAGAAGAAGAAAUCGGUGCGGCCGUGCGGGGGGACGGCGAAAUUGACAUCGAGGAGGAUCGAUGACUUCUUCUUCGUCGUCUUCGUCGUCGGCGACGAGCUCGCCGUGCGCGGCGUGCAAGCUGCUGCGUCGGAAGUGCGCGCCGGAGUGCGUGUUCGCGCCGCACUUCCCGCCGGACCAGCCGGCGAAGUUCGCCAACGUGCACCGCGUGUUCGGCGCCAGCAACGUGGCGAAGCUGCUGAAGCAGCUCCGCCCGGAGCAGCGGGAGGACGCCGUCAUGUCGCUGGCCUACGAGGCGGACGCGCGCCUCCGCGACCCCGUCAACGGCUGCGUCGGAUACAUCCACCUCCUCCAGCGCCGCCUCAGCGAGCUCCAGCACGACCUCUCCCUCGCCGAGAAGGAGCUCUCCAACCUGGCCGCGGCCGGCCACCACCUGGUCGCCCUCCCCCAGCACGCCUUCGCCCCCGCCGCCUUCCCUAAUUUCGCCGGCGCCGUCAACGGUUGUUUCGCGGGGCCGACUUCCGUAAACACACAGCCUGCGGCGCAAGCAGAGAUAUUCUAUGAUCGCAUGGGAGGAUUUAGAGCGGCGACGACGACAACAACGACUUCCCGUCUGCCGGCGGCGCAGUUGUUGAACAGCGCCGGCACGUUUCUGGAACAGCAUCAUCACAAUUAUUCUGAGAAAGGGAGGAACAAUACUGGCUUAGGUCAUUCGUGAUCGAUCAUUAAUUAAUCAAGAACAACAACAACAACAAGAGGAAAUUAAAGAAAAGAAGAAGAGAUGAAGAUGAUGAAGAAGAAGAUGAAGAAAGGUGGUAUAUCGAGAGAUCCAUAUGCAAAUUAUAUAUAUUCAUCUAAGGAUAUGCAGUGUGUUAGUUAUAUACAUCAAGCAAAAGUAAAAAAGAAAGAAGAAGAAAACAGGGUUUGCUUGAUUAAUUAAUUAAUUAAGAUUGAAGGUCAAUUGGAUCAAGUGUAAUGCUGCUGCUGCAUCAGUGGCCACUGUUGUUUGAGUAGAUCCAACUCCAAGA